GUUUCUAUCCUCAGAUCCAUUCAGCCGCUCACAUCCCUUCCGAUCUCAUCUCCUCUUCUUCUCCUUUCCUCUCUCACUUCGCUCAUUUUAACUCCCUCCUGAAAGGACAGGAGAACAAGCUCCGAGUUCUAGCACUAAUCGCUGAUUAACCUCCCAAUCAAUCAAUCAAUCUCCACGAGUUCACCUUUUAUCGAGAAAAACCAUGAAGAAAGUCGUCCUGAAGUUGGGCCUGGCCGAUGAGAAGGAGAAGAAGAAGGUCAUGAAGAUCGUCUCGGGGAUCGAAGGGGUCGACUCGAUCGUGGUGGACAUGAAGGAUAAGAAGCUGACCGUGACGGGGGACGUCGACCCGGUGAACCUAGUCAGCAAGCUGAGGAAGAUCUGCUGCACCGACAUCGUCUCGGUCGGGCCAGCGAAGGAGGAACCGAAGAAGAAGGAGGAGCCCAAGAAGGACGACAAGAAGGAAGCCGAUAACAAGAAGAAGGAUGAUGCCAAAAUCUUCCCGAUGCAGAUACCUUAUUACCCGCCCCCUCCUCCUCAAUUCCAUCACAUGCCCAACUAUUACAAUCGGAGCGUCGAGGAGGAUCCGAACGGCUGCGUUAUCUGUUGAAGGAAAUCGAACGAGCGUUUUUAAAAGUGAUCUAUACCGAUGAUCACUAUGCUUAGGCUGUUUGUACAGUAACUAAAGAUCGACGCAGAUGAAAAAUAAUCUUCAUAAAAAAAUUUCUCGGUUUUAUAAUUGGUUUAUAACAAUUUUGUGGUAGUGAUUUAAGCUUGAUUUCUUGCUUUUUCGGAGGAUGUCGUUUGAUGGUUCCCUGGGAUAUUAUUUCAUCUAGAUUCUUGUGAAUUAUAUAAUACGGUUUGGUCGAUUAUUAUCAUCAGACUUUGUAGCUUCAUAAUGGUAUGAUUUAUCUCAAAUGGAUCAUGAAAAUCAA